AUGUACGCCAAGACUCUACUAUUCCUAGCUGCCGCCGCUCUAGCCAACGCUCAAACCGCUGCUCAAAUUGCUGAACUAAACGUUAUCAUCGCUGAUGUCAAGGAUAACAUGGCCGACUACACUUCCCUAGCUACCUCCGGUUCUCUAUCUCUAUCCGAUUUACCAACUGGUAUCAUGCCUCUAGCUAUGGCCGUCCAAACCGCCACUGACGAUUCUUACACCACCCUAUACUCUAACGUCGACUUCGAUGCCGUUGCCACUUUCCUAACCAAGUUGCCAUGGUACUCUUCCAGACUAGAAGCUGCUAUUGAAUCUGCUACUGCUGCUGUCGGUGGUGAUGAAACCACUUCUACCGCUGUCGCCGCUGCUACUUCUUCAAUCACCUCCGUUGUUGAUUCUUCUGCCGCUGUCACUGGCACCGCUGCCACUGAAACUGCUUACUCUUUCAGAAACACUACCGUUACUGUCUGUGAAGCUACUUCUUGUCACGUUACUUACGUUACCGAAACUGUCUGUAACCACCCAGAAAUCUGUCAAGCUAAGACUACUAUUCCAGCUACCACUGUUACUGAAACCAUCUGUACUCACCCAGAAGUCUGUGGUUACAAGAACGGUACUCAAACUUCCGCUACUGGUUACAAGAACGGUACUUCUAACGGUGCUGGUAAGACUACCGCUGGUCUACAACAACAAACCGCUAACGGUGCUGUCAAGGCCGUUGCUGGUCUAGGUGCCGGUGCUCUAGCCGCUGCUGCUCUAUUGUUAUAA